AUGAAGGGCUGUCUUCUGGUGUUGGUGUGCAUCCUGGUGUGCUGUGCAGACGCCGAAACUCUGACGUCGAGCUGCAUGCGAACGUGUGGCGAGUUCGAGCAGUGCUUCGUGUACAAGGACUCGGAGUUCUGCGCUGAAGUGUGCGCCCCCGGUCGGUGCAACGACGACACCGAAAUGUGCACGUUGAGAGGCGUGGUGCCGUGUACGACCGAGCCGUGUUUGCCUGAAGCAGUGUGCGAGCCUCGAGUCACGUCAAUGGUGACCAACUCGACCGCAGCCUCGUCUUGCGAGCUGCGUUGUCAGCUCAUAAGCUCUCCAGUGUGCGGCUCCGACGGCGCCUCGUACGCCAACUCGUGCUUUCUCAAGAAGGCGCGAUGCACCACUGGAAAUCCCGACUUGGUGGUGGCGUCUCGAGGGAUCUGCGAGCGUGAAAAGGCUCUAAACGCCAAGUACAAUCCUCCACCGUCCAGCUCAGCUGAUGAUGCUGCAACUUGUUUGGCUGCAAUCACUUGCGCGGACGUGCUGGGUCCUGUGUGUACGAGCGCAGGCACAAUGCGUAACCUGUGCUACUUCAACCGCGAGAAGAAAUGCAACCAGGCAACGCUGUCGAUGAUCCGAACUGGGUCCUGUGAAGACUCGAAUGUGGUGCCUCUCUGUCCAGCGACCUGCACAGACGAGUACGACCCAGUGUGCGCGUCCAAUGGCCAGCUCUAUGGCAACGACUGCCUAUUUCGCCAGGCCAAGUGUGCGCGACGUGACCAGCUUGCAGUCAACAUCGAGCCCCGGGUGCUUUCGGAGUGUGAAGCGUAA